AACGCAGUCCAUGUUUGUGUCUGGUUUUGCGCGUCCAUGACCCAAACCUUAGCAGAGAGAAAAAGAAUCACAAAAGAAACAUGCACAAAUGUUGGUGACAGAUGAGACAGCACAUAUACGAUACACACGCGUGCUGUACGAGAUGCAAAUGACUUGAAAACCAAAUACAUCGACUAUCACAAGAGAGUAAAUUUUCAAAACUUUUUUUUUGAAACAUUCACUUCGACAUUAUGUGGGACGAAGGCCUGAAUACUUUUAUUUUGCCUACAAUAUCUACCAUGAUCGUCUUGGUGCUUACAAUAAACUGCAUUCGGAGUUUUCUGGGCAAACCACAUAUUCAACUCAGGGAUGUUACAAAAAAGCACAAUUGGAAGCUGAUUACAGGAACAACUAAGGCAUAUUAUUGUAGUAUCUGUGAGGCUCUACUAUUGAAUCUCGACGGCCUUCUUUGCGACUCCUGUGGCGUGUGCGCGGAUCGGAAUUGCAUAAAGCUCGCGGACAAGCGGCUGAAAUGUAAGGCCGUAGUUAUGAAUAGCGAUCAGCCAAUGAAACACCAUUGGAUCAAAGGUAAUUUACCACUUGUUGCUACGUGUUACAUCUGUGAGGAAGAGUGCGACAUAGAUCCCGGCCUGAUAGACUGGUGGUGUUGUUGGUGUCAGAGAUGUGUUCACGAUGCAUGCAAAUCCUCUCUCUCUGAAAUCUGCGAUUUUGGAAAGUUCAAACUGAUGAUUAUUCCGCCGGGAAGCUUGGAAGUGAUUAAUCGACGCACCACAAUGAGACGCUGGCUGCAUCUUCGUUCGGUGAUAGCACCGAAGUGGCCCAACUGGAAUCCGAUCAUCGUUGUAGGAAACAGGAAAUCUGGUAACAACGACGGCGGUCAGAUUUUAUCUCUGUUCAGAAGAUUGUUGAAUCCCGCACAGGUGGUAGAUCUGGCGGAACGCGAUCCGGUCGCUGCACUCGAGUGGUGUCGUCUGUUGGGAAAGACGCCGUCUACUAUACUCGUAGCCGGCGGGGAUGGGACAAUCGCCUGGUUACUCAACACCGUUGACAAGCUCGAAUUGGAGCCUGUUCCGUCUGUAGCAAUAAUUCCUUUGGGGACAGGCAACGAUUUGUCCAGAGUGUUAGGAUGGGGAAAGGCGCACGACUCGGAUUUGGAUCCUCUGGAAGUCUUGAACAAAAUACAAACAGCGAAGAAAGUGAUGCUCGACAGGUGGUCAGUGAUGAUAAAACCGUACGGCGGCCUGGGAUUCAGAGGCGCGAAUCGAUCAUUGUUCAUGUACAAUUACAUAAGCGUGGGCGUGGACGCGCAAGUAACUCUGAAUUUUCAUCGUACAAGAGAGAGUCGAUUUUAUUUGUUCAGUCAUAGGAUAUUUAACAAGUUGUUGUACUUAGGUUUCGGCACGCAACAAGUUGUCGAGAGGGAGUGCAAGGAUCUUGACAAAAGUUUGGAGGUCUAUUUGGACGACAAGAAAGUGGAGUUACCUUCUAUUGAAAGCGUGGUGAUACUUAACAUUCCGUCUUGGGCUGCCGGCGUAGAUCUGUGGUCAAUGGGAGCGGAAGACGACGAAGAUUUCGAGGUACAAAGUAUUAACGAUGGGAAGUUAGAAGUGGUGGCCCUUUACUCGUCAUUCCACAUGGCUCAGCUGCAAGUGGGUCUCUCGAAACCGCAUCGGAUAGGUCAAGCUAAAACUGUAAAGAUAAAAUUACUGCGGUCGUGCGCCAUGCAAGUAGAUGGCGAGCCGUGGCAUCAACAUCCCUGCGAAUUCAUUAUAACUUAUCGCAAUCAAGCGUGUAUGUUAAUGAGCAACGAUUUUUAAAUACGCGUACAUAUACAUCGCGCGCUCUUAUUACUUAUGUGGUGUGGAAUCGUGUACACGCGCAUUUGCACAAAUGCAUUUAUUUAUUAUACGCUACCUGGCGGAAAUUCUCCCAAACAUUACACAGAAAUGAAAAUAAUCUAGUCAUUGUUGUUACAAAAGAAUAUAUAUAUAUAUGUCUUUUAUGAUAUUCUGUAGCCAAUUUUCAUAAGUCUGUGCUUUAUUGAUAUGCGUUAUUUAUAAUAAAAAUAUAUAUGUACAUAAAUAAAAGAACAAAUAAAACUCA